AUGCAAAAUCCCUCGGAUCAGUUCUCAAGGCCCGAAGUACCAUGGGAUAGCAAAGACUACAAGGCCAACUAUCCGGACAUCCUGAUCCCAUUAUUGAAGCACAACCGUCCAAUUCCCAGCCAGCUCACCAAGCGCUGUAUUCUCGAAAUUCAGGGUGAUGCCGAACGGUCGCUCCUUAACCUCGAGGCGGAGAUAUCUUCGGUGGACGUCCAGAUCCUGGCGUUGCAACAAAAACGGCAAGAACUCGUUCAGCAAGCUACACCAGGAUGGAUGACUUUGGACGCAUGCAAGAAGGUGCUUGCUCCGAUUCGCAAUGUUCCGUUAGAGAUCUUUCAGGAAAUUGUUUUGCAUGCUCUCCCACCCCAACCCUACCCCACGCUGAAUCACGCACCCAUGUCGUUAUCGCAUGUCUGCAAAGACUGGCGUAAUGCUCUCCUUGCAUUCCCGCAAGCAUGGCAAGAGCUCUUUCUUGAAGUCGACAUUGCAUGGAUCCGCUACCCGCAAACCGCAGUGGAAACCUGGUUCGAGAGGGCGAAGCACCUACCACUCUCAUUCUACAUUCACUUCGACCAUGAAGCUGCCCGCCACCUGCUCCAUGAACAUAGCGUCAAACACUUCAACCGGGUUGUCCUCAAAUUUUUGCAGCAAAUUAGCUCUUUCUUCCCUCAAAUUCGCCAUUUUGGUCUGAGCGCAGAUCAGGUCCUUCUCUACUUCCCGUUUUUCAGAUUUCUUGCACACAACAUCCACAGUCUGACACUACAUAUGAACAAAUCCAUCUCGUCUGCAGAGUACUGCUCACACUUUUCGACUGCUAUCGAUGAAACGUAUGGCAUGUUCGCGUUCCAAAAGCGCCUGAACCUGAAGAAGCUGUCGCUUGAUGACCCCAUGACCUUCCGCGGCGCUGGAAGGCUGAUGUUUCCGUGGUCCCAAUUAACCGACCUCGACUUGAGGCGACAUAUCUCUCGCGCUAAUUGGACUCGCCUUCUGACAUUGUGCCCUCAGCUUCGAAAGGGAUCUUUUCAUCUCAGUGACGAAGACGACAAGUCUGAUGAGUUGUCGACCCAUGAUUCGGAUGAUGAGGAAAAGGAGGAAGAACUUCAAACGAUCCAUCACCACCUGGAGGAGCUCCGAGUUCAUGUACAUGACGAAGCCAUCCGUUUCAGCUGGUGCUUUGAAGCAUGUCAGUUCCCUGGCCUUCGCCUCCUACGCUUAUCCCACCACGAAUUCGUCGACGUUGGUCGCGAUGGUGAAGUUGGGCAGGACUUUACUCCUGAAUUCACCUUUCUUCAAGGACUAUCUGUCGAGGGUGAUUGGUCGGAAUCCCCUGAGCCUCUACAACAGUUAUUUAUCGCUGCUGCAUCCGUCACAAAACUCGCCGUAAUGAUUGAUUUGGACACACAGAGUGUCUUGAAAAUGUUGACCUACGGAUAUCACACCAGUGCCGAUGGGCAGCGGUCGGAUGAAGACUCGAAUACUUCUGUAAAGGAGCCUCAGCUGAUCAUGCCGAAUCUCUCUUCUUUGACUCUUGUUGUCGGCACCAUAUCAGACGACGAACUCCCAGAAAUUCUCAAGUGGAUGGAACCAAUGCUCACAUCUCGUACUACAGCAAAUCAGUUCAACCUCCCUCAUCACCUCCAAAUUUUUCGACUUCUCUCCGAGUCUUCAGUGGACGACAAUGUAUUCCGACGGAUCCAGUCCCUUCUAGACUGCUAUUCGGGGUUUGACUUUCGAGUUGGAGGCCUGAGGAAUCUGCAUCGUGAGGACCCUACUACCUGUGCCAAAUGGAAGGCCGGAAUCAAGCACAGGAUGUCGAGGAGGGAAGUUGCCCGUGCCAAUCAGAGAAUGGGAUGGGCAAUGUAUGAUAUUAACAACGAUCCAGAUCAGUCACUAUUUGAUUUUCCUGGAUAUUGA